GACGUGCCAGAAUAUUUUAAUUUUGCAAGUGAUGUUCUUGAUAAAUGGAGUCAACGAGAAAAGGAGGGGAAGAAGCCUUCUAAUCCAGCCCUCUGGUGGGUUAAAGGGAAUGGUGAAGAGGUACAAUGGACCUUUGAGGAGAUGAGCUACUUAUCUAGGAAAGCUGCCAACGUGCUCUCGGAGGCCUGUAACCUACGCAAGGAAGAUCGGCUCCUCAUUAUACUUCCAAGGGUCCCCGAGUGGUGGCUGAUCAGCUUGGCCUGCAUCCGAACAGGUGUUGUCUUCAUUCCAGCUACUAUUCUCUUGACUGCUCCAGACAUAUUAUACAGACUCCAGCAAUCCAAAGUCAGCUGCGUUGUUGCCAAUGAGGCUAUUGCACCCUUAGUAGAUGCCGUGGGGGCUGAAUGCAGCUGGCUGAAAACUCGGAUCCUGGUUUCUAAGAGCAGCAAAAGGGAAGGUUGGCUGAACUUCCAUGAUCUACUACAAGCUGCCUUUGACCAGCAUCAACCCGUUCAGACGAAGAACCUUGACCCAAUGACCAUCUACUUUACCAGUGGGACCACGGGCUACCCCAAAAUGGUGCAACAUUCCCACGGCAGUUUGGGGUUUGGGCUGGACAAGGUUGCAAGAGAAUGGCUGGCUCUGACGUCUUCAGACAUUAUGUGGGGGUUUUCUGAUCCUGGCUGGAUAAAAUUUGUCGUAGGAUGUUUCUAUUCUCCUUGGAGCCAGGGAUCAUGUAUAUUUCAACAUGGUAUGCUCCAGUUUGAUCCCAAAGUAGUUCUGGAGUCUCUUGUCAAGUAUCCGGUGACAUGUUUUUGUGGCACGCCAACCAUAUUUCGGAUGCUGCUCCAACACAAUGUUAGCAGGUACAAGUUCAAGAGUCUGGAGUCCUGCACGAGUGGCGGAGAGCCAAUCAGUCUGGAAGUGCAGCAACAGUGGAAAGCACAGACUGGGUGCGAUAUCCGUGAAGCCUACGGGCAGACAGAAAGUUCCCUGCUCUGCAGCACCAGAAAAGGGAUGAAAAUUAAACCUGGAUUCAUUGGAAAGCCUCUUUCUGGCAUUGAUCUCCAGAUCAUCGAUGAAAACGCCAAUCGCCUUCCCCCUGGAGAAGAAGGAGACAUUGCUGUAAAGAUCAAGCCGCAAAGGCCUGUGGGUCUUUUCAGUGCUUAUGUGGACGAUCCUGAAAAAACCAGCGCUACUGAACGUGGGGACUACUACCUCACUGGAGACCGAGGACUCAUGGAUGAAGAGGGAUACGUCCAGUUCAUUUCAAGAGCAGAUGACAUUAUCUUGACUUCUGGAUACCGCAUUGGUCCUUUUGAAGUGGAGCAAGCUUUGAUGAAGCAUCCUGCAGUAGCUGAAGCAGCUGUUGUUAGCAGCCCAGAUUCCAUCAGAGGAGAGGUGGUAAAAGCUUUUAUCAUCCUAACUUCUGCCUACCAAUCACAAGACAGAGAGAAAUUAAGCGUGGAGCUGCAAGGACAUGUGAAGAAAAUUACAGCUCCAUAUAAGUAUCCCAGAAAGAUCGAGUUUGUUCGAGACCUGCCCAAGACCAUUUCUGGAAAAAUCCAAAAGAGGCUGCUGAGAAAUAAAGAAUGGGAGAAAGCCUAG